AUCUGAUCGAUGAUCUGUAAGGCCUUGGCAGAGCCUUGGCCUAGUUGUCAUAGGCCGUUGUUGCAUGCGAACAGGCUGCAAGCUGAGCCGCGAAGAGAAAAAUGGAAAAGGUCAACUAGAUCGGUUAGUAUCCAACUUGAAGGGGCCGGAGCAAGGUGGGAAACGUAUCAGCUAAGAUUCAGCUUAAUUAGUAUAAAGGAUAGUGUUUCCUAUAAGUUUCCGCUAUUCAAGCGAUCUUCGCCUCCAGUUUCAUUCAAGUUAAUAAUCGCUCUUUCGCUCCUAAGCUAGAACACCAGGCGAAAUGGGGAUGAAGUACCGUCGUUAUCUGGCUGGCGAGCGCAUCUAUGGCUGCUCCAAGUGCAAGACCCAUCUUGCAACAAUCCACUCUAUGAUUUCACGAGCUUUCAACGGCCAACAUGGCCGCGCAUAUCUCUUCGAUGGAGUUGUUAAUGUCAUAGAAGGCGAACCAAAUGACCGCCAAAUGACCACAGGCAACCAUACUGUUCGGGAUAUUUAUUGCGUCAAAUGUGCCACCGUCCUCGGCUGGAAAUAUGAUCGUGCAUACGAACAAUCGCAGCAAUACAAGGAGGGCAAAUAUAUACUUGAGCGAAAUCUUCUCGUCGAUGUCCAGUAGCCUGAAGUGCCUCGGUCUUCCAUCUACCUGGCUACCACACAACUCCAACAACACGACGCACGAUUACAAGGACCCAACGGCACAUCAUAUUUGUCGACCAC